AUGAGUUUUGUAGCGUCAGGCAAGAGAUUGGACCAGUUGGAACCCUCCUUUAUGUAUACGCAAAUUCUCAAAGAAAUAUUGUUAACGAUCGAUUUCAAACAGGAACAUUUUCAAAACUAUAUUGAAUAUUGUCGUACAUUGUUUGUUGGAGACAAGGCAAAAUUUAAACAAGUCAAGCAACUAGAACGAAAUUAUCCCGAAAGAUCACCAAUCUGGUGGUAUAGCUAUGAAUGUUUUCUUUACCCUAUGCUCAAUAGUGCUUUGAGAGCAAUGGACGGUGACACCAUUGUACAGAUGGGCUUUUUCAUAAAAGAUCUUCAUCAGCAUAUCCAGCAUCUACACAAGGAACAAUAUUCUGAUCGAUCUUCUCUUCAAACUUUCACGGUUUACCGUGGACAGAAGAUAUCCAAAGCUCAUUUUAGUCAAUUGUUGGCAACAAAAGGUGGAUUAUUAUCUUUCAACAAUUUUUUAUCAACGAGCAAGAUUCAAAAGGUGUCUCUUUCGUUCGCCGAACAAGCGGCAGUGGCAGUAGAUUCUGUAGGGAUAUUCUUUGUUAUAAAAGUCGAUCCGUUACAAUCAAAAACGCCCUUUGCUUCCAUUCGCGACGUUAGUUAUUUCAGCCACGAAGAUGAAGUUCUCUUUUCCAUGCAUUCGGUCUUCCGCGUUCACGAUAUCGAACCAAUUAGUGACAUCGAAAAUCUCUAUCAAGUUAACUUGUCACUCACUGCCGAUGAUGAUAAAGAAUUAUGUGUAUUGAUGGAUCAUAUACGAAAAGAAAGUUUUCCAACCCAUGGAAGCUGGUAUAGAUUAGGUGCGAUAUUAUUCAAAAUAGGACAAUCGAACAAGGCUAAACAGAUCUAUCAGAUAUUACUUAACCAAACAACAGAUGAAGAUGAAAAGGCAUCAAUCUAUAGUCAACUUGGUAUGGUCAUGUACAGUGAAGGAGAAUAUUUCGAUGCGUUGAGAUUUCAUAAGAAAGCUUUAAAAAUUCAAGCACAGUCAUCUUCUCCGAAUCAAUGCAAUGUGGCAUUGUCCUACAAUAAUAUCGGCAACGUAUAUCUGCGUAGAUGUGACUAUUCAAAAGCACUUUCGUAUCAUGAAAAAGCUCUAAGCCUUCGUCAACAGUCGCUUCCUCCCGAUCAUCCAGAUUUGGCUGCAUCUUACAGUAACAUUGGUAUCGUACAUAAAGCCAACAAUGUGUAUUCGCAAGCACUUGCUUGUCAUGAAAAGGCUCUUAUCAUUCGACAGCGAUCUCUACCUGCAAACCAUCCUGAAUUGGCGAAAUCUCAUACUGUUCUUGGUAAUAUAUAUAGCAAUUUGGAUGAACAUGCGAAGGCGAUGAGGUCUUACGAACAAGCUCUUGCAAUACAGAAACAAUCACUUCCACCUGAUCAUUCUGAUCUCGCUGCAACUUACAACAACAUGGGUGUACUUUACGAAAGUAAACAAGAUUACCGGGAAGCAGCAUCAUUCUAUACCAAAGCUGUACAAAUUACAGAACGAUCACUAGCAGCAAGUCAUCCUGUUCGUCUUAUGUAUGUGCAGAAUUGUGCAGAUGCGAGAAAGCAUCUGUAA